GUGUGUACGUAUUUGAGUAGACAUAACAUUUGGUUAUAGCUCAAUGAGACUGAGUAUUAGCACAGUUAAACGGCUCAACACAGGGGAAUCGUCGUCGUGGUCGUCGUCGUCGUCGUCGUCAGGGAAACAGGGCUAGAACAAGCGGUAACAAACUUGCGCAAAUUUUCAACGCCCCUCGUCGGUCUUCAACGCGCAUGUCCUUCGUAAUUUACGACAACGCGAAGUAUCUUGAUAUUAGUGAAAAACUGAAAUGAAAUCAAUAUUUUUAAACGCGAGUAUGAAAAUGCAAACGAGGAAAAGAGCGAAUAAGCUGCGCCCGACUCGCGGAGAGACUGCAUGCAUGCAGUCGCGGUGAAAACUCUGUACGCAUCGGACGAUGGAUAGGAUUGAGAACGAAAUCAACAAUGAAAUUAAGGAAAAAGUCCAGAACAAGAACUAUGAUCGUAACAUUGAACAAACGUUUCAAUACACUCGUCUCUUUGCCAGAAUUUUGGGUAUUUGGCCGACUACCUCAAUAAAACAGUCAAAAUAUAUCUCUCGUUUACACGUUCUACUUUGCUUCUCAAUGAUCGCUUUUACAUUCGUACCGAUCACUUUGUAUAUGAUUUUUCGGGAAAAAAAUCCCGCUACUCGGCUAGUUCUGAUGGGUCCCGUAGGGAGUACAUUCGGGGCCAUACUCAAAUAUGCCAUUAUUCUAUUACGGGCGAAUACAAUAAAAAUGUGUGUUAAUCAAAUAAAAAAUGAUUGGAUGAUUGUUGAAAGUGCCGAUGAGCAUAACAUUAUGACAAACAACGCGAAUACCGGUCGUAAAAUCGCCGCCGUUUGCGCUUUGUUUUUAUACACCGCUGGCUUUUCUUUCUUCUUUAUAGUACCCAUUCUCAAGGGUACAAAAAUCAACGAGUUCAAUGAAACGAUAAGACCUCUCGCUUAUCCCGGUUACGACAUUUUCAUCGACGUUCAACGUACUCCGACCUACGAGAUCAUAUUUUUUCUCAUUUGUCUCUCGGUAUACGUUAGAUAUACCGUCACCAUAGCAAUCGUUAGUUUAGCCGCGGUCUUUGUCGCUCACGCUUGUGGUCAGAUUGAGAUUGUAAUACUAAGGUUGGCUAAACUUUUCGACGGAAUUGAUGAAUGUUAUUUAAACAAAGAUGAACUGCGCAAAAGAAUGUCGAACGUCAUAAAGUGUCACGUCAACGGUUUUCGAUUUUCAGCGAGAAUCGACGAGAGUUUCAGAGAAGCAUGUCUAGUCGAGAUAAUGGCAUCGACACUGACCAUAUGUUUGCUUGAAUAUUCUUGCAUGUGGACUUUCUUUAACAAGGAUACCGCGAGUCUCAUCACUUACGUCUUAUUACUCAUAUCUUACGUAUUUAAUGUAUUCAUAUUCUGCUACAUCGGUCAAUUACUUCAGACCAAGUAUGAAAUGGUCGGAAAAGCCGCGUACAUGAUCGAAUGGUUCAAAUUACCGGACAAAUUAGGACUGGCACUGGUCAUGAUUAUGGCUAUUACGGGCUCCCCUCGCAAAUUAACGGCUGGGCGAAUGCUAGAUUUGUCGAUACGUAACUUUGGGGCCAUAAUUAGAACAUCCGUUACGUACUUGAACAUGCUACGAGCUACGACAACUUGAAUAUAAUGAUGAAGAUCACAACAUCAUGAAAAUAUCACUCGCUACCGUAUAGUGCUGACAAUCGGCAAUCAAAAAGAAAUCAGCUUGAUAUAUAUUCAUACAAUACCGCCUAUCCAAAUUUAUAGAGUAUAUCUCAACGAGCGUGCGAACAUCAUAUACGCGAAGACUGAUUCGGUGUGUGGAAAUAGCGUUAAUUAAAGGGCGUGAAAGCAGAUUUUUGCCAAGCGAUGCGGUGAAAUUUCAUGAAAUAUUCGGAAAAUUUUUCAAGUCGUAAGGCUCACAUUGUGUUGCAUAUCUUAUUAACGUUGAAUAUCUUAAUAUUUUUAAGCACGGCAAUUUUUCGUCUUUCACGCGUAUAUUAAAAGGAAUUACGCGGUUAAGGAACGACAUAUGCCGCUGCAAACUGGCAGCCCUACGGAAUACGUUUGGUGUGUGCAUGUUGUUUACCGGUAAUAAUUCACCCGAGUGAAUCAUCCACGUAAAUUCACAGACAAAUUUAUAACGAAACUAUGUUAACGAGCAAUGCUUUCGAGCACGUGAGUUAUUGCACAAUUUAUUUUCAAUUACGGAUUUUAACGUUCCGAUAGUCCACGCUAGAAUUGAAAUUCAUCAUAUUUGCAUGUGUGGCUUAAGUUAACGAACGCAAUGACGACAAAAUGUGUGUUACGUUUAUGUCGCGUUUGAAAUAAGCGCGCGUGCUUUUUUGAUAUAAUAAAUGUUUGGAACCUCGAAUUUGAUAUACUUAAAAAAUCAGAGAAUUAU